GAAGUGUCUUCCUUCCAGGAUUCGUGGUCUCUCCGGUCCCCGGUGGCGGGAGGUGGGAGCUCUGCUCGGCCCGGGGUCCCUCUCGCGGGGGCUGAGCGGGGUGGAGGUCUCGGCGCUCUGCUCGUUGGGCCUGGCGCUCGGGGUGCACUUACACCCCGGCCGGGCGAGUGCCACAGCCCAGGGAGCUGAGCGGAGGCGCUGGAGAUGGCGUCUCAGCCGCCGCCGCCCCCGAAGCCCUGGGAGACCCGCCGAAUUCCGGGGGCCGGGCCGGGACCAGGACCCGGCCCCGCUUUCCAAUCUGCUGAUUUGGGUCCCACUUUAUUAAUCAGACCAGGACAACCAACUCUUACCAGAGUGCCCCCUCCUAUUCUUCCACGGCCAUCACAACAGACCGGAAGCAGCAAUGUGAACACUUUCAGACCUGCUUACAGUUCAUUUUCUUCUGGAUAUGGUGCCUAUGGAAAUUCAUUUUAUGGAAGCUAUAGCCCUUAUAGUUACGGAUAUAAUGGGUUGGGUUAUAAUCGCCUACGUAUGGAUGAUCUUCCACCUAGUAGAUUUGUACAGCAAGCUGAAGAAAGCAGCAGAGGUGCAUUUCAGUCCAUUGAAAGUAUCGUGCAUGCAUUUGCCUCUGUUAGUAUGAUGAUGGAUGCUACCUUUUCAGCCGUCUAUAACAGUUUUAGGGCUGUGUUGGAUGUAGCAAAUCACUUUUCCCGAUUAAAAAUACACUUUACAAAGGUGUUUUCAGCUUUUGCAUUAGUUAGGACUAUAAGGUAUCUUUACCGACGGUUACAGUGGAUGAUAGGCUUAAGAAGAGGCUCUGAAAAUGAAGACCUAUGGGCAGAAAGUGAAGGAACUGUGGCGUCCCUUGGUGCCGAGGACAGAACAGCUAACUCAGCAAAAUCUUGGCCAAUAUUCUUGUUUUUUGCUGUUAUCCUUGGUGGGCCUUACCUCAUCUGGAAAUUGCUGUCUACCCACAGUGAUGAAGUAACAGAUAACACCAACUGGGCAAAUGGUGAAGAUGACCAUGUAGUUGCCAGAGCAGAAUAUGAUUUUGCUGCUGUCUCUGAAGAAGAAAUUUCUUUCCGUGCUGGAGAUAUGCUAAACUUAGCUCUCAAAGACCAGCAACCCAAAGUGCGUGGUUGGCUUCUGGCUAGUCUUGAUGGUCAAACAACAGGACUCAUACCGGCUAAUUAUGUCAAGAUUCUUGGUAAAAGAAGAGGUAGAAAAACAGUGGAAUCCAGUAAACUUCCCAAGCAGCAACAAUCUUUUACCAACACAACACUAACAAAAGGAGCCACAGCUGCUGAUUCUUUGGAUGAACAGGAAGCUGCCUUUGAGUCUGUUUUUGUUGAAAUUAAUAAGGGGGCUGUUUCACCUGAUUCCACUGGGAAAAGUGGAGAUAAACAAGAUCUUUAAUCUUUUUUGUUUGCCUGCAAACUAUAGAGUACUUUUAAACAUUACUUCUUAUAAAAAAAAUUAUCAAUUUGCAAUCUAAUUAAAAUACUGGUUUUUGGCUAUUCCAGGUGUUUUGCUGCUAGAAAUUAUUAAAGUUGUACACUAAUAUAUUGGUCUAGUGACUUGAUUAUAUUUUACAGGUUAUUGAACCAUGAGAUUGUUUGGAUCACUAGAUUUUAAGAUUACGGACAUUGCUAUCAUCUUCAUCCUAUUUAAAAUCCUAUGUUAAGUGAAAGAGUAAGAUUGAUGAACUAUAAAAUACACAGUUUGCUACAGUAAGGAUCAUUGAUGUGGGGAGUUUUUGUGUGUAAUUUUUUUUUUUAAGUUCUAAAGUAAUUUGAGUUCUCAGAAAUUGGGUGGUAACAAACAUGAGAAUAGGCAAAAACUAUUUUUACACUAAACUGAAUAAUAAAAAUGUUCUAAUCUGAAUUAUGUCUAGUGUUGGGUUUGAUUUAGCCUGUAAUAUUUUUUAACUCAUCAUCAACUGACACUAUUACCUUUUGUGUUUUUAAAUUUUAUCUUAAGAAAGUCACUAGAAGUACUGUAAAGGAUGUGGGCUGGAAUGAUAUUUAACCCUAAUAGUUUUCUCUGAAAGUAAAAAACCUGAAAUUUGUCUUUCUUACAAAUUAUUUCCACUUGUUCUUAGGAUCAUAUAACAUUUUAUCCCAUUGCAAUAUGACUAGCUUUUAUCUUGGAAUAAUUAAAAUAUGUUAAAGAUUUAUUUUAUUUGUCUUUCAUUAAGACUCAAAUCUUUUUAGUUUGUACUUAAUGGUAUAACUAAUUCUAGCAGUAAUAAUAUCAGUCUUUUCAUAGAUUCUCUGCUUCUACCUAAUAUUAUCACUUUUUAAAAUUCUGUAUUAAAGCUAUCUUUAAACAUUCAAAAUGUUCAUUGAAUACACUCUUCUUUUGGGUAUAGUAUUUGCUACUAAGAUUAUAAAUAAAAUGCUCAUUUGCCAAUUGGAAUAUGAUAUUACUAUGUGACUUUAUUUUGGUAGUGAAUGAUUUUCAGUACAACUGAAUUUUAGCAUACUGAAUAUUUCCCACAAAAUUGGAUUAUUUGUAUACUUGCUCAAUCAUAUAUAAUACUAUCAUAAAUGUGUAUACUAAUACAUUCGCAAAUAUUGUUAAAAACUUGGAAUUAUUCGAAAAAUUUUUAAGUAUUUUAUCUUUUUUUUUUCUAUAGACUUCAUGUUCACCAAAUAUGUAAUUCUGUAACAUAAGACUAAGCAAAACAUAAAGGAAACAAGUAUGUGCUCAGCAUAAAACUUUAUGAAAAGUUUCUUGGAGCCUCUUUUAUUUUUUUAUAAUAACUAAAAUUAUUUAAAGUACAAAUCUUGAUUCUGUUCAGAAAAUUUAUUUUAGUCCAAGUUUUGUAAUGCAGUUCUUAGUCCUCAAAUAGAAGAAAUUAAUUUUCUUGUAUAAAUUUUUUCCAUUUGUGUUCAACAGUCAUACUCAGCUUUGAUUCCUUGAAAGUCAUUAGAGAAAAUUUUGUUCUUAAAAAAUUUUUUUCAUGGGCCUGAAGCAUUGAUACAGCAGGUCGGGCAAUUGCCUUUCAACCUGCCAACCCAAAUUCUAUUUCCAGAACCCCAUAUGGUGUCCUUGAGGCCAUCAGGAAUGAUCUCUGAGCUCAGAUCCAGGAGUAAGCCCUGACCGUUUCUGGGUGUCACCCCCCCCCCCGCCCAAAAUUUUUAAAAAAAAGAAAGAAAAGGGUUUUUUCUCUGAAAUACUAUAUUGUCCAGAGAGAGAGAGAGAGUACAGGGGCUGAGGUGCUUACCUUGAAUGCAGCUGACCCUGGUUCAAUCCCUGGCUCUUACUAUAGUCUCCUGAGCACCACCAGGGGUAAUCCCUGAGUACUGCCAGAUAUGAUCCAAAAUCUUAAAAAAAAAAAAAAAAUAGUUGGACUCCACAGUAAAGGAGAAGCUGCAGGGGCUGGAGCACUAGUACAGCCAUGAGAGUGUUUGCCUUGCACACAGCUAACCCAGGCUUGAUCUCUGGCAUUCCAUAUCAUCCCCCAUGCACGCCAGGAGUAGUUCCUGAGUACAGAGCCAGGAGUAAUCCCUGAGCAUAACUAGGUGUAGCCAAAAAAACUGAAUUUCAAAAAAAGUAAGGAAAGGAGAAGCUACAGAAGCAUGUAGAGUUUGUGAUGAGAUUAUGAAAGGACCAUCCAGGCUACAAGGUCUUCCCUCUGACAAUGCCCAGAUUAUCUUUUAUGUAUGCUGAGAACUCUAAACCAAGACAUUUGGACUUUUGGAGGGAUUGUAUUGAUUCCUUUCAAACAUCCUUCAGUGCUUGCUCUUUUAGGACCAUGUUCUCUUGAACAUCUCUCUCUGUCUCUGUCUCUCUGUCUCUCUCUCUCUCUGUCUCUCUCUCUCUCUCUCUCUCUCUCUCUCUCUCUCUCUCUCUCUCUCUCUCUCUCUCUCUCCCACACACACACACACACACAUUUCUCUAAAUUUUUUUAAAUGAAAAAAUUAUUCACUAAAAACAACAACAAAUGGUGUGCUGAGAUAUCUAAAUUGAAUGCUAGAAAUGAAGUAAAGGCAAUCAAUUGAGUCAAAGCUGUUUAGGUUAGAAAAGGUGCCAUGAAUCAGACCCCGGGCCUCAUACAGCCAAGGCAUGUGCUCCACCACUGAGCCACACACCUGGCCAAGGUAUUCUUCUGCACAGAAUAUGGCAAAACUUUUACUGUUUUUAGGUUAUUUUGUGAGGGUCAAGUGCUAAAGUACAAUAUAUAUAUUAUCUGGUAAUAAAUUGUGUCUGGAAAUUCUUUUUUCUAAAAUUUUAUGACCAGAAUGGUAGAUAAACUAUGUAACCUUUUGUUGUGAUAGUAUAGAAUAAUUUGAGAUUAGAUGUAAUGUUCAACUUAUUUAAGGAGUACUACUUAUUUUGAGUGCUUUCAUAAAUUUCUAUAUAAAUUACUAAAACCAAAUAUUUUCAGUUAGAUAUUAUAAUUAUUGGUUACAAUAAUAUAUCACAUUUUUUCUUACUGUAUUUUAUCAAUUUGGAAAAGUAAGAGAACUAUAGAUUUUCAUGGUUUUGCAUUUAAAUGUUUGGCUUGUCUGUCAGUGUGUCAUAGUUAUACUUGAAUACGUUUGCCCUUUUUAUUGUGCUUUCUUUAGUGGUGGGGAAAACAUUUUUUGAAAAUAAACUGUGAAGUUACCUUUAUUGGGCAAAUAAAAUAUGUUAAACUCAAUUGACUUUUUUUUUUAAGAUAAACUAUUGCUUUUUGCAGUAUUGGGAUAUAAAAAAGUUCUUCAGAUCAUUGUGUAUAUCAGCUAUCCAAUUGUUCUGCUUGUAAUCUAAAGAAAAGUAAUAGAAUUACAUUUAUAUAAAAUGCAUCUGAAGGUGCGUUCAAUAAAAAAUAAGACCUCAAAAUUC